CAAGCAGUGACGUUAAAUUCUGCUCUGUCAGAGAGAGCAUCUGUCAAGCCCACAUUUAAACUGCUGCCUGCCUGUGCAGCAGCUGAGGAACCGUGGAUUUCAUAUUAUAGACUAAAACCCCAGUAAAACUGCUCAAAAUCCUUCCUGCAGCUGCCAGGCAACAGCAAAAGAGAGUUAAAUCCUAUUCUAUUCCAAUACAAUCGAAGCACUACAUUCUCGCUUUGGCUGCUUUACAUUGCAGCUCAGUGUUAUUACUAGAAAUAUGGAUACUGAGAAGAGAAUACAGCACUGCAUUGUCCGGCCAGGAAAACAGCAGAUGUAAAAAGCUUCAAUGCAUCAACUGUCGGCAAGAGUCAACAGUGCUCCAAUAGAGCGGACAACUACAGCUCUUUUGUUUAAAGAACAAGAAAGAAAGUGAAAGAAAGGAAAAAUCUCAGAUGACUAGGACCCAUAUGAACAAGAAGGGUAACUCGAAGACAAGCAGACAGAUGGACACUUUGGAUACUGUGAAAAGCAAUCGCAGGAGGCAGACUAUUGGGGGAUGUGCGCAUGUUCGAUAGCAUCUUUUUUGCUGAAGUGAUGGCGUGCCAAAAGUAUUUUCAGUGGGCAUAAUCCUCUCCACAUAAAUGGCCUGACCAAGGAAGAAUGACUGCAUGGGAGACAACGUGGCUGAUUUAAAAAAUGAUUACCAAAGAAUAGUACCGAUUUGGGAGAAGGAAACAUUUUCAGCCAUCAGUACUAUCUCGUAUCCCGUUACCGGAUAUUUACAACAUGCUUCAGUGGAGGAGAAGACACUGCUGCUUUGCAAAGAUGAGCUGGAAUGCCAAGAGGUCUCUGUUCCGUACCCAUCUUAUUGGUGUACUUUCUCUAGUGUUUCUGUUUGCUAUGUUUUUAUUUUUCAAUCAUCAUGACUGGCUGCCAGGCAGAGCUGGAUUUAAAGAAAACCCCGUGACAUAUACUUUCCGAGGAUUUCGUUCUACAAAAAGUGAGACAAACCACAGCUCUCUCCGGAACAUUUGGAAAGAAACAGUCCCUCAAACUCUGAGGCCUCAAACAGCAACUAACUCCAAUAACACAGACCUGUCGCCACAAGGAGUUACAGGGCUGGAGAAUACCCUUAGUGCCAAUGGAAGUAUUUACAAUGAAAAAGGUAUCGGACAUCCAAAUUCUUACCAUUUCAGAUAUAUUAUCAAUGAACCUGAAAAAUGCCAGGAGAAAAGCCCUUUUUUAAUACUGCUAAUAGCUGCAGAACCUGGACAAGCAGAAGCUAGAAGAGCUAUUCGGCAAACGUGGGGCAAUGAAAGUCUAGCACCUGGUAUCCAAAUCACACGAAUUUUUUUGUUGGGCGUAAAUAUUAAGUUAAAUGGCUACCUUCAACGUGCAAUACUGGAAGAAAGCAGACAGUAUCAUGAUAUAAUUCAACAGGAAUAUUUAGAUACAUACUACAAUUUGACAAUUAAAACACUUAUGGGCAUGAACUGGGUUGCAACAUACUGUCCACAUAUUCCAUAUGUUAUGAAAACUGACAGUGACAUGUUUGUCAACACUGAAUAUUUAAUACAUAAGUUACUGAAGCCAGACCUGCCUCCCAGACAUAACUAUUUUACUGGUUACCUAAUGAGAGGAUAUGCACCCAAUCGGAACAAAGAUAGCAAGUGGUACAUGCCACCAGACCUCUACCCAAGUGAACGCUACCCUGUCUUUUGUUCUGGGACUGGUUAUGUUUUUUCUGGAGAUCUGGCAGAGAAGAUAUUUAAAGUUUCUUUAAGUAUCCGUCGUUUGCACUUAGAAGAUGUAUAUGUAGGGAUCUGUCUUGCCAAGCUGAGAAUUGAUCCUGUGCCCCCUCCCAAUGAGUUUGUGUUCAAUCACUGGCGAGUUUCUUACUCGAGCUGUAAAUACAGCCACCUAAUUACCUCUCAUCAGUUCCAACCUAGUGAACUGAUAAAAUACUGGAACCAUUUACAACAAAAUAAGCACAAUGCUUGUGCCAACGCAGCAAAAGAAAAGGCAGGCAGGUAUCGCCACCGUAAAUUACACUAGAGCAGACAAUUUCUUUUUCAAAUGUGCAAUCUGUAAAAUAUUGCUAAAAGCAUGUAUAGUUAAAACUGAUUACAUCCAUAGGACAAGUUUUAGUUAAAACUCAUCACAUAAAGGAAUUCAAAAAUUAUUUUUUUAAUUUCUGAAGGUAAUUAAAAAUACAACAUUAUAUAACAAAAAGGUAUCCCAAAAGAAUCUAUUAAAAAAAAAAAACU